UAAUCCAGUCGUUAUAUUACGCUCCCUAACGAUCACUACAUUAACGCCUGAAUGCAUACCCAAUCAGAACGCGUCAACCGGAAGUUCAAAUUAACGAACUGCAUUGUGGUUUAUCGUCUAUAGAAAUUGGCGCAAAAAGUAGGAGGAGUUGAAGUAAAUGUUUGUAAACAUGAGCGAUGGACCAAAACACCUGUCUUCACUGUUCACACGUGUUCAGUUCAUCUAAAGACGUGAGGAGAAAUGUUGAUAAACUUCAGGGAGAUGUUGAUAUUGUUAAAACUCUGUCGUUUACAUACGGGAUUGCAGAAAAAACACUUCGUAGUUAUGUUGACAGUGCAGAAAGUUGUUAUGUGUGCAGCAAGUGUUUUGCUACAUUACAGGGGAUAUGUAGGAGUCAGAAACGUUACAACAAUCUCACAGAAAAUUUGAAGAAUGCUGCUUCCCUGAAUUUUGUGAACUUCAAAACAGAAUGUACAUCACUGUCAGUUCACCAUGCUAAGUCUGUGGAAAUAUUGAACUCAUCAAUUAAAAAGAGACCAAGAAGUUGCCUUACUCCAAUGAAAUCUGGGUGUACACCAAAAGGAAAGAAGUUAGUUACCCCAUCAACACCAAAAGCAAACAGAAGGAGAUUGAAUUUCUCAAAUUCACCAAGGAAGACCCCAAAUUCAACCAUGAAAAAAAUAUCUGCAAGCCCUGGGCCAAGAGUUAAGGUGCAACUUGGAUUUAGAGGCAGUACAAGGAAUACUGAACUUAAAGGCCACAGCAAACUAGCAUGCCGAGCACUAGUAUUAAAACAGUACAAAACAGCGCUGAAUCAUCUUCUUCAAAUUGAAGAACUGAAGAAAGACCUCAACCAAGUCAUUAAAAAGAAGAUAAGUCAAGAGAUUCAACAAAUAUGCAAAUACAAAGAUUGUGUCUUACGGACAAAAAACAUAAAACAAUUUUCAUGGAAGACUGCCUGCAAACAGCUGGAAAGUGUAUGUCCUCUUACAAUGGAUUUCCUUCAUACAGUUGCUGGUCCUAGUAAAUUGAAGCAGCUACCUCGUGUUGUUUCAAGUGUGGCAAUACUGUUAUUUAACCGAAACAUGCAUAUGGGAGCAUUACAAGUGAUAAAUAGCAUUUUGAUGUUCAGAGGUCAUGUUCGAACAAAGGUGUACACUUCCUUCAACAGAGCUGGUUUGAGCAGUUCAUACAAAUCUACAGUAAGACAUGUUGAUGUUAUAUGUGAGGACUUUGACCUGCCAGUAAAAAUGUGGUCUCAAAAGUUAGCUAUUGCUGCAAAGGAUAAAGACAAAGAUAUGACGGCAUUAGAUGAUCAUAAUUAUGCCUUGUCCACUUUUUUGGAAGAUGAUUCUACAGUACAUGUAUCAAUGGAAUCCCCAGCAAUAACAUUGUCUUCUGUACAGACACCAGCAAAGCCAGUGCAUGACGAACCAGGAUUACAUCAGGGUUCAACAUUUAACGAGGCAAACAUAAUAAGUGAGUGCUCUAUGAAUGAAGAAUCACCAUGGCCAAUGUACAUAGCUGAACCUUACCCAGUGACAACACCCAGUUAUAAAGAAUCAGUUAAAGAUGCAGUCUUGUUUACACCACUUCCAGCUGACACAUCCCAGCAUGAAGAACCUAUCACUGAACUAACAGCAGCUGACUCUCCUUUUACAACAGUAAAUUCCAAGGAUAUUGACUCAACAACUGAACCUUCUUUUCAAAUUAUAAUGGACAACCUCAAUAUGAAUACAAAAGCACGACAUAAAACAAUGGACACAUCAAACAAAGUCUUCAACUUAGUCCAUUCUGUUGCAGUGAAAGACCGAGCACCAUCAGAGGAUUUAGACUCUGUUCACCCACAAGCAGACAUACUGUCUGUUCCAAAUGAAGCUUUUGUUCCAAAUGCAGAAGACUACAAGGCACUAUACCAAGACUGUAAUAUACUUAUUCAAAGGGCAUUAGUCGACCAUAUUUCAGCCUUGAAGGACUGUCAAGAAUUUGUUACCUACCACAUUCCCCAUCAGUAUACAGAGGAGUCGAAGAAAAAAAGUGUUAUUGUACCUCUUGGAAUCAUGGAAAAAGAUGAAAACAAAACAGAAGAAAUGAUUGAAGUUAUUGAACAUCUGCAACAGUAUGUGCCUAGAGAUGGACAACAAAAGAUGAUGCCACUUCUGUUAGGGGGAGAUGCUCUCAGUGUAGAAAGAGGUGACGCGGCACAAAAGGCAAGAGCUGAUGGAGUUAAUCAAGAGGACCGUCUGGAAGGAUUUAUUUGGAAGAGUGAAGACUGGCAUGGUCAUGUCAUAACUUUACAGGAAAUUUAUGAUCUACAUUUUAAAGGGACAUCAUCUGCAGAAAAAGGAACCCUAUUUCAGCUUUGGAACAAAUUUGAUCACCGAGGUGUUAAAUCAGUUGUAAAGGAUGCUGUCAAUGACUGCAGAGAUUUUGUUCGUUUUGUGACAAAAGGCUAUAUUGUCCUAGCAGCAUUACAAAUACUGAAUCUGACAGAUGUUGGUGAUUUAAACAAAAUAACUGACAACAUGAACAAAGAGGAAAAGAAAGAAUUUCUAGUAAAGGUGUCAUCAGAUAUAGUGGAAAAAUACAUUGUAGCCAAACCAUUUGAACUUGAACAGAAUGGUCAUGACACAGCAGACAAUAGCAGAGUACCUUGUGGCUAUCCAGGCUGCCAAAAAACAUUUGCCAUAAAUGGAAAAUGCAAGGAAAAACACAGGAAUAUAUGUUUGUAUAAAGAUUUGCAACAUUUACAGUUACCAGAAACUAACAAAAAACCGAAAGUAACUAACAAACUUGAUUCCGAUAAAGCAGAAACAGAAGAUCACAAGUUUAAUUAUUCAUGUAGUUUGUUGAGAGAUGGUCUGUACGACUGGAUAAGAGAGGAUGCAUCUAAAGAAAAUGACGGUGAUCGUCUAGUACGUAUGUGGAGGUUAGACAUUCUGAAAUAUACUUUACAUAAUCAUACGAAAUACCGUCUUCUGUCAUUCCGGAUACAAGCCCAACUGUUAGCAUUGCUACCACCAAAGCUAGCACACCAGUUGCGCCACAACAGGGGUGUGAACAUACACGGUGGGGCUGGAAAAAAUGUACCAGGUGAUUUGGCACUGGAAUUUUUAAACAUGCGUGCCAAAGAUUCCUUGAAUUCUUUAAGUGGAAAUUUGUCGUCAUCUUCGAUACAAAGAUGUGGUAGAAGUUUGCAGGGAUGCAAUGACCUAAUUGACAGUUACACGGAAGGUUUACAGCAAUUUUUCGGUCGACCUUCAAACUCUAAGCCAUCAAUUCAAAAGGACAUUAACUCUUUAGUUGAAGAGCUAUCAAAAGAGAAGUUAUUUGAUAAAAUUCCAGGACGAUGUCACCAUUCCUUUCAAAACAUUGUUAAUGAUGAUACAAGUAAAGUAAAUGGACAAAAACUGAGCCAAUGGAUAACAUCAAAAAAAGAAACAUUUGCGAAAUACCAGCGCAGCCGUUCGUAUCAAAUGUUUUGAACUGUAGAAAUUUGCUUAGAAUAUGUGUACGCCUGAAGUAACAAAUUGUGAUCAUGAAAGUUCAGUGCAAUAUUUUGAAGUCAUAGUGCAAUUUUGUUUGUUAUCCUUUUUACAUGUUUUUUUUUAAUGAGUUACAGUUUGUAUUCAAAUAGUGUGUUACCUUGUCUAAUUUUUUUUAAUGUGAUCAUGUAUAUAAUAUUCAUUUUGUAUGCAAUGAAGAUUUGUUUUACUAGUCUUAUAUGCAAUUGUUCACAGUCUCUUGAAGUGUGAUAUAUUAUUGCUUUGUUGGAAUUUUGCUGCCUUUGGUUAAAUCAAGACAUGAUGUGCUUGGUAAUUUGUGAUCCCAAAUACUCAGUUGUUUUUGUUUUAUAAUUAACUGUGAUCAUUGUAAAUAAAUAGUGCUGUAAAUAUUUUUGUCUUUUUGACUGAUUGUGAUGGAAAAAUUAUGCGGUCUCUGGUUAAAUCAAUACAAGUAGGUUGUUAUCGUAAAUAUUCAAAUUCAAUCAGUUGUUAUUUUUUAAUUAAUUGUGAUUGUUGUGUUGUUUAGUGCUGUAAAUAUUCAUGUUUUGACCAAUUGUGACCAUACAUCUUUAUUUAGUGCCAGUAUAGAAAUAUUUUCAACAAGAGAUACUUUUGGAAUAAUAUAAUAUUUUAUCUAAUGAAACAGAAUUCAGUGUCGAAAUUAAAGGAAUAGUGCUUUAUGAUGUAUAUGAAUCUUCCAAGAUGUAUUGUUCCAUUUUACAAUUAAAUAGAUUAGUGCUGACCAAGCUAAGCAGUAUAUAUAUGAUUCAAUAAUCGUGCAUACAGGUCUUUAAAAAAUCAACCAAUGAAUAUUUAUCAUUAUAUGUAAUUCCAGUGUUUUGGUUUGGAUUUUAAUUUGUUGAUCAUGAACCACAGAAUUUUUUUUUAAAUUUUCUAUCCAUUCUGCCCUCUAUUAAAUUAUUUUUUUUACCUUUGCAUUGAAUGCAUGUAUUUUUCUAUUUGAAGAACCUAUCUGAUUUUUUUAAAGUGAUACCUAUACUUUUACUGCUGGUUUCUCAGUCGGCAUGUUUAUUUGUAUCAUUCUAUGUAUAAUUUUCAUAUGAUUGUAUAUAUUUGAUGCUAUUUUAAAAUGAAGUUGAUUGUGUUAAUAAAAUGUCUUUCAACACCAA